AUGUUACCAAACAAAUAAUAAAUAUCAUUCCAUUUUGACAACUUACCAAAGUUUUAUCCUCUAUAUUAAGAAUUUCUUCAGAUCAUUAAUUCUAAUACUUUAGAUAAGCUUUAAAAUUCAAAUUCUCUCAGUUAACAUAUAAAAACAGAGAGAAACCUUAAAAACUAGGAUUCUCAUUCUAGUAGUCCCACUCAAAUUUAUCAAACUAAAAAAAAAUGUCAUAAAAGAAAUAUCGCUUAACCAAAAUAAUUGUAACAAAAGAUAAGUUGUUAAAAUAAUAAUUGUUAGAAUAAAAGAAAAAAUUUAAAUGAAACUUAGUUCAAAGAUAAAACUAUCUUAUUAUGUAAUCGAUGUUUAAACAAUUUCCACUCAAACAACUAUUGUGAAUAUUGUAUUUAAGUAAUAUCAUUUUCAAUAAUUUAAGAUAUAUGAUCCCACUCUAGGAUAUGAAAUGGAUGAUAAAUAAUGGAUUAUGUGUGAAAAAUGCAACAGAUGGGUAAUUUUAACUUUUUUAAUUUUUAAUAGAACCAUGUUGAUUGUGAACAAACUCUUGGAUAAUAGAAUUUGACCAAAAUUACUCAUUAAACUAAAUAUCAAUGUUCCUAAUGUUAAAAAAAUAUUAAAUUAUAACCAAAAUCAAAGAUAGAUAAAGAUACUUUUUAAGAUUAAGAAUCGAUCAAUACUAAAAUAAAAUAACCUUUAACAAUAAUAAAAUUAUCUAAUAAAGAAAUUUUAGAAGAUAUAUCCCUUCUAAGGAUCUUGAUGUUUGAUGAAAAAUAAAAAAAAGUGAAAAUAGAAUUGAUUUAAUGA